GCUUAUGAUUAAAUUGCUAGCGAUCUGUAUCUGUUGAGAGAGCAGGAAAGAGAACACUAAUUGAAGAAAAUAAAUUAUCCACAGGAUCAUGACAGCAUCGCUCACUACAAGGCUUUUUGAAGUUGAGCGAAGUUGAAGAUUUGUGGGGUGAUGCGGGUGAUGAUGAAUUGACAAAUGCUGCCUUAAAUAUUAGAUGAUAAUGGUGAAGCUAGUGCUGUAUUAAACAGGGUUUUGGAUAAUGUAAUUGCAUUGCAGUAAAAUGAAGAGGAAGACAAGGUCAAGAUCAAUCACAGACUCCUCAAAACAAAGUCAAAUUUGUUGCUAAUAAAUGCUUUGGAAAUUUUGAGAAAGAUCCCCGUGCGCGGGGUCCGGGCCGGCGGCUCUGGCCUGCCGCGGCUGGCCACCCGACUACCACGACCCAGCGCCAGCCUGACCUCCACCGCUCCACCGCCUCCACCCUCCGCGAUUCCCACUGCCAUCCCGAGCUCUGCCAGCCUCCGAGCAGCUGCCGAAGCUCCGCCGCCCGACCUGAAGCCGGGCGACCCAGUGUUGGUGGACGGAGAGCCGGGUACCCUUCGUUUUCUCGGUCACACUCUGUUUGCCGAUGGACUGUGGGCGGGCGUGGAGCUGGCGCGCGGUAUCGGAAAGAACGACGGGUCGGUGGGAGGCAGGCGGUACUUCUUCUGCCAACGCGGUCAUGGUUUGUUCGCUCCAGUAUCGAGGGUGGUUCGCUACGACCCGGAGCCGCCGUCGCCGUCACCGCCGCCAGAACCGCAGAUGACACCAGAGCCGGAGGUAACAUCAGCGCGAAGACGGGAGGACCUGACCCUGCCCGUGAGCAGCACGCCUCGAAUCGCGGCCUCCGGUGGAAGUAAGAGUCCUUCCGCGUCUGCCUCCGCCGCCGGGGCCGCGGCGUUGUCCCCUGCCGGCGACCUCUGGUGGGACAACACCGAGGGAAGCGUGGGUGACCAGCUGGAUGACGUCGAGCUUCUGCAGGACAUGGAACUCGACGAGCUAUCGCUGGGCAUCCUUACGCCCGACCAGAUGGAUGACGACUCCCACCUGCUGCUGAGGCCCGACGAGCUGAACCGAUCCCUCGAGCUGCUGACCAGUCCCGAUCCGGACAUGGCGCCGUCAGAAUGUGCGUUCAACGUGUCGGCACCGGCGGAACGUAUGAGGCUGAUUUCUGACGAAGGUGCGCCGCUGAACGUCACCGUCACCAUCGGCCGAGAGCCCGACUGGGAGGACGAGUUCGACGCCGCGCCGGCUGCGACAGCCGCCGAGCCAGCCCUGAGUCAACCCAAGCAACGUGAUUCCGAACCUGCUGAACCUGCAAAGGUAACUGAACACCCAGAACAACCAGCAGAGUCUGCGGAGUCCGCCACUCCAGGAUCCUCAACCAUCUCUCCGGAGAGCGUCGUCAGCGGCACCAACCACAGCGAGAGCGACACGACGUUCAUCGUCACCGACUCAAGCGCUGACGUCACAAUGCCUGUCGACGUCACUGCCAGCAUGUCCAGUGAGUCUUCGGAUGUGACGCUGAAGGACGAGUCAAAUGGGGCCGGAGAGGCACUGGCCGAACCACCUUCCCCCGACACGGAGACCCUGGUGCUGGCUCGACCGCAGGCUGAGCUAGUGGCUGACGUUGGUGCGACGGCGCUGGUGAAGCCAGUGACGGUGGUGACAGACGUCAGUGGUGGUGAUGUGGUGUGCGCGGUGACGGAUAAGGUGCAGGUGGACUUGCGGGAGCGGAAGAUGGAGAUGGACGUACAGCAGGAGCCUCAGGAGAUGGAGGGACAGCAGGGGCUUCACGACACCAGACCGGACACGUCCGUGUCGCCUGUGCUGGAACGCAAAAAGGAGUCUGCCCCCGGUCAGGAGCGGAAGUCGGUGGUGUUCAGUGAGCCAGAGGCGGAGGUGCGUCUGGCCGCUGAACCCUCCGAAACGCCCGAGGACCUUGGGCCGACCUCGACCCAGGUCACCGAUCAGGUCACCAGCUGCGCGACCUCUACGACCAGCAUCGACGGAGGCUACCAGGGCGACAGCGAGUUCGACACAGGCACGCCGAACGAGGACCCGACUCGACCUCCGCCGCGACUGGACGUCCUCACCGACUCUGACUUCUGCAGCGAGGGAGCGGCCGGCACGGAGUCAGAGGCUGAGCAUCGACUCACUGACGACAUGGAGUCGAGCGGAGUCUACUCGGACGCCGAGUCGCGCCGCUCCGUGGAGCCCGAUCGUGAACCGAUCGAGGCCAUAGAAGAGACUGAGGAGACGACACUCACUCCUGUGAGAGAAUCUGCCUCCGAGCUGGAGUUUCCGCCUUCUGCCGAGUCCACCCCCUCCGCCGCCGCCGCCACUGCCACUUCUGCCGCCCCCGCCACCGCCGCCGCUGCUGCCGCCACCCCGGAGCCAACGCCGCCGGCCCGUCGUCGUGACCCGAUCCCGAGUCACGUGGUCCGCGCCCGCGAGCCGCCGCCCAAGAAGGAACCCAUCAAGAUGAACCACCCGCUGCCGCGCAGAAACGUCCAGAGCAAGCUGCGCUCGAUGCUGGAGUCGCCCUCUCCGGCGGCGGAGGCGGCGGCGGCGCGGCGGCCGGCCCGGCCCGCUCGCAAGGGCCGCUGGGACGCUGUGAUGAACCGAAUCGAACAGAAUAAGAGUGAGGAGAAGACGCGACCUCGGAGAGAGGUGAAGAGCAGGCUGUACGAAGGCGUGACCCCCGCCAAAGGCACCCAGAACGGCUCCCGGAAAAGUCUCAGCGGUCGCAACUCGAGGACGGGAUCGACCCACACUUUGACCGGCAGCAGGACGAGUCUGCGUCCAGCCGGCUCCGGCUCCCGCUCUGUGUCGCCAACCCUUAGCGAGGUCAGCACGGCUUCGUCAGCCGGCUCGGCCGGAUCGCGGGGCUCCAUGCACUCGCGCGACUCUGCCAAACUGGCCGCCAAGAGCCGCACCGGCUCCGUCCUCUCCCUCGUGUCUGAACGUGCUGCAGUCUCCAUCCGGCGGAAGAUACCCACAGGCUCCGCCCCCACUACAUCUCGUAGCGGCAGCAAGCAGCCGUCCGCUGCUUCGAGGGCAGUUUCGACGACGGCCACCAGGGCGGCGCUGGAGGCGCCAUCGCGUCGCGCCGCCCCACUCUCCAACAAAACCAACAUCGCGAAUAACCAAGGCACGGGGACGAAAACGACGAAACCUUCGACGAGACCACCCAUCGGUGGAAGAUCUCAGAAUAAAGUACAAAGCAAGGCAUCUACCAAAGAUGCCAAACCGGUGCCCAUCAAGGUGGGGCCGGCGGCGGCGGCAGCGGCAGCAGCGGCGGCCGCUCGUCAUGAGGUUCAGGUCAACCAGCUGGAGGAUCAGCUGGCGGGUCACCAGCGUGACCUAGCCGCAGCCCGCGGUGACCUGCAGCACGCGUCACGCUGCUUCGACGCCGCGAUGGUCAUGGUCAACUACCUCUCCAACGAGUACAACCCGUUCCAGCUGACUGACGAGGUGAAGGCUCUCCAGUCCCGGGCCACGGAACUGCAACUGGCGCUCGACGAGGCUGCUGCCACCCAGCGGCGACUCGAGGAGAGUAUCGAGGACCGGGAGCGAGCGCGACUCCAGCGCGAGGAGGAGGUUGGCGCCGAGCUGCGCGCGCUCAGCGCCACCCACCAGGAGGAGCUCGACUCCGGCAAACAGAAACUGGAGGAGGUGCGCUCGGCCUGGCACCAGGAGCGCCAGCUGCUCGAACAGGACCUGGUGCGGCAGCAGGAGGCGCGCGACCAGGACGUGCGCGAGCUGAGCCGGCAGCACCAGGAGACGCUGGCCUCGGUGACGGCCCAGUGGGAGCGCGAGCUGGCAGAGAGCCAGCGCCGCUCGCAGGCCGAGGCUGACCAGCUGCGACAGCAGAUCUCCCAGCUGGAGGAGGCCAACAGCGAGCUCAGUCGCCGGGAGUGCGAGCUCAAGGCCGCCAUCGGGCAGAGCUCCAACACCAAAAUACAGGUUCUAUCCGCUCGGAUCAAGAAGCAGGAGGAGGACAUCAAGUCGCUGAACGCGGUGCUGGAACUGAAGAGUGAGGAGAUCGCCAAGCUGCGUCAGGACGAGCAGGAGCUGGCGCGACUGAGGGAGAAGGUGCCGAGGCUGGAGGAGCGCUGUGACAAACACCGGGCCAAGGCCGAGGACCUCGAGGCACAGCUGCGGCAGCGCGAGCUCGUCCACAGGCAACUGUCGGAGGAGAACCGCCGACUGCAGGAGUACCAGGACAGGGAGUCCAAGGCCAACAAGCGGCUCUCCAUGGAGAACGAGCAGCUGCAGUACAAGCUGCGCAACCAUAGUCAGUCGGAGCUGAUGCAGCAGAGCACCCCAGGCGUGCUCUCUCGCUCUGCCAGUUUCCGGUCCGCGCGCACACCGACGUUCAUUGCGCGUGCGUACAGCGAGUCACCUCACAUCACCAGAGUGAGCCCGCGCUCACCGCUGAAGAGCGACCCGGUACGGCGGCGCUCCCGCCGCUCGGAACCGGACGACGGCUCCCCGCCCCAAGUCACCGCCAUCGUCGAGAAGAGCGACUCCAUCAGCUGGGUGCUCGACCUGGAGUCGUCGGGUCGCGGCUCGUCGGCAGAGCCGGACGAGGCCGGCGACUCUCUCGACUCUCUGCGACUCGGCGGGCGCGGAGUGUCGCGCUCUCCGCCCUCCGCCAGCGGCGCCAGUCACGGCGGCUCGGAGAGCUCGGAUUCUGAGGAGGCCGACCGGGAUGCUGAUCGGGACGGCGUGUUUUACCAGCUGGCCGGACCGCGCUCGGCGCCGGUAGCCAUCAACGGCGGUGGACCCGCCUCGCUGCCCAUCGAGCACAUGCGGAAGAUCCCCGAGUCCUCGGAGGGGACCGAGAUCUAGCGGCGCGCUGUGACUGACGAUGCCAUCGAUGGAGCGCGCCCGGCGUGAGAGGAUGUGUUGGAUUGUGAUGUUGUGCUCGCCAUUGAGUGUUUUAUUUAUUUUGCCAGAGAUGGCGCUGCUGUUGGUGGCAAUGUUUUGCAGGUGGCGCUAGUGUCGCUGCGAUGUGCCGGCAAAGUUCAGGAGGCCAAAUAUUCACCCGUGAUCGGUGGUUCGUUUGUGUGAGUGUAGACCGAUAACAUUCCAAGCUUUUGCUUUUGUUUGUGAUGAUGUGUGUGGUAAAGUCUGCGCUGCAUCAGCUGAUGUAUGAUCUGUGUAUAUGGAUGGUUUCUUUACAGACGUUUGCUCUCACUAUGUGUUAGAGGUAUGGUUUGUCACUGGUAAAUAUUCGCAGCAGUGGGCCUGGGAAGAUUGCGUCUUUUCUGUGCCCAUCCGGCUGGAUUUAGCGAAUCGUACACGGCUUGGAGAAGCCCGUACAAGUACCUGCACGUGAGACCGAUUCUCGGUUAUGUUUUGGCGGAACCGCCUUGUUUUGGCGUAAACACACGAAUGUUCGUAUCGACGUCGCGGCGUUUGUAAGGCGCCGGUCAGACCGGCGCUGUACGCUGCGUGCUGAGUACAGUUUCCGCAGAGCCGCCAGCGCCGUCUGGGGGCUCGUCUCGGAACUGCAGCGGCCUGCGGAGGCGCCUGCGUGACGCUAGUCUAGUUUAGUUGUGCCGGAGCUGGGUGUGGUGGGUUUUGUGGCGCCUCGCGCGCUGGCCGGGUGCGGUGCUGCCGCCGCCGCCUUCACCGACCGAGCUGUGUCCGAGCCUGUCGUGCCCUGCACUUUUAAUUCAGCUCGUGUUCACCGUUUGUGUUAUUGAUGAGUAAAUAAAUGGCCGUAAGAGCGUUAUAA